AUGGCUGAAGAAGCUUCGCCCAUCGACCACACCCCCAUCUCACCCGUCCGUGCCGGUGUCCUUCGCCGCAACUCGCUCGAGAAGCACUUGCAGCAUCGUCCGGAAGCUCAGGAUCUGAAGAAUAGACAUAUCCUGCUGGAUACUACGGCUGCACCGGCGCUGCAGUCCAAGGCGCUGGAGCUCGAGCGACAGCGUGCGACUGACAAUCUGAAGAAGGGACUGUCUCAGAGGCCCGAGAGAGACGAGCUGGUUGAGCGCAACAUCCUCCCAGACUCGAACGCUGCCCCUGCUCUUCAAGGCCAUCAACGCGAACUUGAGCGCCAUAUGCGUGCGAACAGCCUCGAGAAGGGCCUGCAAGGAAGGCCCAAACCGGAGGAUUUGGUGAAGCAGGGCAUUCUGGAAGAGGAUGAAAUCCCUGUCAAGGACGCCUAG